ACGUCAAGAUACUAGCAUCCGAUUUAUAGCCUUUACAAUUUAUUCAUCACGCCGCUGGAUCUUCAAGAGAACCAAAAAAAAACCAAAAAUCAGAAGACUUUCAAAAUGUACCUGCAAUACUUGAUAGCGACUAUUCUUUUUAGUCCUAUUUUAAGAACAAGCACAUUUACUUUUAAAGAUGCUAAAAUCUGGGGCAAACAUUACCCAGGAUGUAAUGGGAAACUUCAAUCUCCCAUGGCAAGUGAUGCAAAAAAGAUGAUUGGUGAUUCUCCAACUAUCAAGAAUAAACUUAAAUUUACGGAUUCUGAAAAAUUACCAACGAAAAUUAUCAUGAAGAAUACUGGUCGCACUGUGGAAUUAAAAGGUGUUUGGGCUGGAAAACCUCCAAAGCUUUCUGGUGGACCUCUUAAAGGGACUUACGUUUUUGAAAAAAUCGAUUUCCGUUGGGCCCCAAAAGAGUGGACGGAGGUCAUAAAUGUGGAUCCUCAGUUUAAAUCCAUCUAUAUGCAGUAUAUGGACAUGCACGUGUAUUUUUAUAAAGAAGACUUGAAAUCAUUUGAGAAAGCUGAAUCACAGAAGGACGGUCUUGCUGCAUUUAAAUUGCAGAUGGAGUUUUUGGAGGAUGUUCUUUUGCUCAAGGACCUAGAAAAAAAUAUACAUAAGGUGCAAUCCAUAAAUUCAACAGCUGAGUUACACCCGAUUCCCUUAGCAAGUUUUGCAUACAAAGAUGGUUCACAAGGGAGUUCACAAUCUCUAUUUUACAAAGGAUCUUUAGAUUAUCCGCCUUGCUCGGAAUCUGUAACUUGGUUCGAACCGUUGUUUGGUGUCUCUAUUUCGGGAGACCUGCUGAAUGGAUUUAGGAAAAUAAAGUUGGAGGGGGGAGACGUAUCGAAUGUUAGACCUUUGCAGCCGACAAACAAACGACCAACGAAGUGGGUGUUUUCUAAUAAAGGACUAGACAUGUAAUUCACUGUAGUCGGCUGCGCUUGGGAAUGGUUUUCUGCAGUUUUCCACUCCCUUUGCUAAAAGCUAAGCAAAUAUGAUCGCAUCUUA